AUGAUUAAGGAUAAAUCAGGACCCCGAGUAGCUGGGCAACUAACUGAUUCUUCGAGCCCUUCUAAUAUCACACCAGCGACCUACGGAAAACCAGCGUUGCACAAAAAACGGAAAUAUCGGCUUGCAUUUGCUAAAGCUGAAAAGGUUUUAAUGGGCACUGUUCCAAAAAAGCAGCCGCUUAGUAUCCUGGACAAAUUGGGCCAGAUAUUUGGCUGCACAGUCCGCGGAGACUUGAGCUCAAUUUUGACUGCGAAUACAGAACAAACGCUGGUGUCCAAAGAAGACGACAGGGAUGUUAAUGUAUCAGCGAAGCCUGGAAAUCAGCCAGAGAACACCACCACUUCUGAUAGAAUUUCCCUAAAAGAUGAAUUGAGGCUGGAUGGCUCGCCUAUUUUGGAGCCAGAGAAAUAUGUCGAAUUCUCAUCUCUUCAUAUGGGAUCGCUCGCCGAGACCUCCACACCGAUCAAAAAAACAGCACUGACCCUUCGCACCGGUGAUGGGCCUAAAAAAAGACCGAUUGAUGUUACUGCUUUGAACUUGGAUUCAGAAACUCACAGAAAAUCUAGUCUGGAGACCCCGCCGUUGGGCAUUAAAGAAUAUAAGAGCGGGUCCCCACGAGUGGCUGCAAAAAAAGCUGAAAAACAACAUGAGCCUUUGGAGACACCCGUUGGAGUGGAUACAAUUUUUCAAGAGGUUUUGGAAAUGCUAAUAAAAGGAAUCUCAGAAUUGACUGGGGCUGGUGUUGGGAUUCUUAUAUCAGUCAACAAAGCUUCUGGUGAAGAUCACCUGCUGUCCAGAUCAGCUAGAGUUAACAAAAAGAAGAGGCGAAAACCGGCCCGGGCAUCGGAUGACUGCAUCAAAAAAUAUGGGAAAGCACACAAGAAAAGAAGACACAAGAGACGAAAAUACAAGGUCAGCGAGAAAAACGAAGCCAAAAAUGAAUGCGCCAGCGCUCAUGAUGAAUUUAGCUGUCUUGAAGCUGGGACUCCCCGUGCCAUCAACGAUUGCGAAAAACAAGCGGAGGCCACGAAGAAAAGCAACAAUGAACCCCACCUUAUUACGCCAUUACAAGCGCAAGAAUCCAAGAAAGAAUCAGGGGCUGAUGAUAUAUCAAGCAUUAAUUUGACGGUGGGUCUUGGAGCCAAUCAAAGCAUGGAAAUCACCGGUGAUAAAAUCAUGAUGCAACCUGCUUUGGUUCCUGCGUAUAAUACGCCUGAUGGAGAACAUCCGGGGACACCAUUGGAGGGCGACGAGCGGGGCCCCAGCUUAUCUCCCUGUCAAGAGAUCUCAAAACAAUCCGAGAAUUCCCAGGUAAAGCUAUUCUGCCAGCAAAAAUAUCGAAAAAUGCUUGCGCAGUGUGCCUCGGGGCCGGAUCCCAUAGACCUCUUGCGCAAGAAUAAGAACCGCGGAUCACUCACGUGA